AAGUUCCCUUUGUCUCCAGUGAGAUCAGCCACGGGGGCGGGCAGGACGUGGUGUGUCGCCACAUCCAGGACUACGUUUCCAUCUGUCAGUCAUCGGGGGCCACUGUUGCCGAGUGGAGAGUGCAUGGCUUCUGUGUCGCUUCCUGUCCCAGCGGGACUCACUACGAGCUGUGCCCGGACACCUGCACCGCCACGUGUGCCCACCUGGCGGCGCCGGGACCCUGCCCCCGCUGCCACGAGGGCUGCCAGUGUGACGGGGACCUGGUGUUCGACGGGGGCCGCUGUGUGCCCACCGAGCGCUGUGGGUGCUCCGUGGAGGGCCAGUACUACAAGUCAGGUGAAUCAGUCCUGCAAGAGGACUGCUCAGAGAGAUGCGAGUGUGGCGCCGGUAUCUUUAACUGCAGCGCUACCAGCUGUCAGAACGAGGACAAAUGUGACGUCCAGGAUGGAACCCUGGGUUGUAACCCGAUCGACACCUGUGCCGGGGCCAGCUGCAGGGUGAAGGAGCACUGUGAGGUGGAGGAGGGCCAGGGGGUAUGUGUCCCCGACUCUAAGGCGGUGUGCUGGGUCCACGGAGACCCCCACUACAGCACCUUCGACGGCUGGACCUACGGUUUCCAGGGAACCUGCAGCUAUGUCCUCGUCAACACCACAGGUAAAGACCCGGACCUCCCGGAGGUGCUGGUGCUGGGUAAGAACGAGCUGAGGGGGAACUUCCCGGGCUCCUUCCUUCGCUCCAUCACCGUGGUGCUGCUAGGCCACACCAUCGAGAUGCCCAGUGGCCUCAGAGGAACUGUACUGGUUGACGGUAUUAAAGCCGAUUUGCCGGUUGACCUGGCAGGAGGCGUCUCCAUCACCGAGUCUGGGAUCAGAGCAGUCAUCAAAACCGAACUAGGUAUAGAGAUCACUUUCGAUUGGUCUACGGUCGCUACGGUGUCCCUCAGUAGCAGUUACUACGGGAACGUCGACGGACUCUGCGGCAACUACAACGGCAACAAAGAGGACGAACUAAAUACAACCGCAGGAACUCCGUACGCAAACGUGACGGACUGGGCUGUUUCGUGGAGUGUGACGGACGGGGACCCCUUCUGCUACCACCACUGUGAGGGCACGUGUCCACAGUGUUCCCCCGAGGACCAGAAGCGGUAUGCUGGCCAUGAGUUUUGCGGCAUUGCAGAGGAUAAGAAGGGGCCUUUUGCGAGCUGCCAUCCUAGUGUGGACAUCAAACAGUUUAUGUACGACUGCUUGUAUGAUGUUUGUGUGAACGAGGGGAGACAGGCGGUUCUCUGUGAGGCACUGUCUAGUUAUAACGCUGAAUGCCAGAAGGCUGGAGUCACCGUCUCACCAUGGAGAGAAUUAACAAAAUGUGCCCUGGCCUGUCCUGUGAACAGCCAUUACAAACAGUGUGGGCCAGCGUGUCCAGAGACCUGCAGUCCUGCUCCCGACCUGUGCUCCACGGUCUGCUCAGAAGGCUGCUUCUGCGACCCUGGCUUUGUGCUCAGUGGAGAGAAGUGUGUGGACAAGGCAACCAGCUGUGGCUGCAACCACGAAGGCCGCUACCAUCUGCAUGGUCAGUCGUUCUGGGACGACUCGGAGUGCAACAGCAGAUGCGUGUGUGACGGAGCGACGCAGCAGGCGCAGUGUCACCCGAGGGGCUGCAAGGCCGACGAGCACUGCGCCGUGAGGGACGGGGUCCAGGACUGCUUCCCCCUGAGCUUCAAGACCUGCUCGGCCCAGGGAGACCCACACUUCCGCACCUUCGACGGCCGCAAGUUUGAUUUCCAGGGCAACUGUGUCUACCAGUUUGCCAGCGUGUGUAAAAACACAACGGGACUGGAGAAGUUUGAGGUUAGCCUAGAAAACAAUAAUCGUGGUACACAAAAGAGUUUCCUAUGCAAAAACAGUGACUGUUAAGGUCUACGGCAACACGUACAUCAUUUCUAAAGACUUCCAAGGACAAGUCCAGGUGGAUGGGGAGGCAGUCUACCUUCCAUUCUCCUCAAACCAAUCACUGGUCACGGUUCAUAGAAGAAACAGGCGGGCCGUCCUGGAAAC